CAUUCCUCCGCGCUUCACCGUCUAUACCCACUUCCUCUUGAAACACUGGGGCCCAGGAAUGGAAGGCGAUGGUCAAUGGCGGCGAGUGGAGCAGGCUCCAACCUUAUGUUUCGAACGUUCAUAUCCCUUUUACUAAGUACCUAUGGUGGAGCGUUCGAUUGAGUUGGAACUGCGGGGAAGGGUCCGUCAGGUUUCGACUUUGCCGUCGCACUCGUUAGUGAAGAGUUUCUGUAGCCGGGGAAUAGGUAUAUAAGCCCGAGAGCAAAGCUUCUGGGAACUCAGAAACAAACUUCACUAAUCGAUCUCACAACCUAUCUCAUAAAUCACAACAUGCGUACCUCAGGCGCCGUCCUUGCCAUCGUUGCCUCCCUCGCUAGCUCUGUCCUCGCUGGUGGCCCGGAAAUCUGCACCAACAACAAGGACGGCUCCGGCGGAACCAACUACCAAGGUUACUAAAGAUUGCUGCGCCGCGGUCAAAUAAAAAGCCUACUUUAACGAGCACUCCCACCAGUGCAUGGGCUACGGAGGUCCGCUGGACAAUGCUGUCGAUACCGGAAAGAUGGUUGAAUGCUGCAGUAGCCGUGGGGCUGGUAGCAAAGCCGAAGUUUAACGUUUAAGAGCCUAGUAGGAAAUAUCAUCAUGUUAUUCUUCAAACAUGCCAGAACGUGACGGUGUUGGCAGCCGUCGUAGACAAGGCACCCAUGGGGAUGGUUAUUCUGAAUUCAGCAUGCGAUUCAAGAAGAACUUCACUCUCUUUGUCGUGGCGGCGGUCACCGCUAUCGUUGCGAUCCCGAUUACCCCUGCCGCGGGGUCGAACAUGAUCAAUGUCGCCGCCGCCGAGAUUUGUGGACGCUCCCGGCAGCGUCGUGACACCUGCUAA